AUGACAAGAACGAAUUUAUUCACAUUUGGUGUCCCCAAGAUUAUAUUCUAUAUUGGGUUAUUAUGUGGAUAUAUAUUAGAUAAAACAGUAAUAACUAAAACAAUUUACAAUUAUGAUAUAUCAACCGAACCAAGAAAAUCUCAUCGACAGAAGCAGUUGUUAAAGUCAAUCCAUGUGCCAGAAAUCGGUUUUGAUGUUUAUGGAGAAUUUCCAACAAUUAAGCACUUUGAUUUAUUUGAUGAUGAGUUAACUUCGAAAUAUCAAAAAACGCCACAAUUUCUAAAAUCACGAGAAAAGCGUGACUUACAAAAUCCAGAGGAAAAUUUUUUAAGUGAUAAACAUUCAGUUUUGAUUAAAAGUAGAAUUCAUUCUCCAUUGAAGAAUUGGGAUGAUAAAUUAACUGAUCCACAAUCUAAAAUAUACAAACUGUUGUCAACUAGUUAUUGUGAAUUUUUGCUACAAAGUUUUCGGCAUGCGAAUACAAGUCAAUUUAAACAACCAAAAUGUACAUUUAUAGAAUUCACAAAAGGUUCUAUUAUACUCAACGCAAUGUUAACAUUUAACGAAGCUAAUUAUUCAUUAUUAUCUCCACAAGACCUAUCAAAUUUAUUGAUAAAAGGCAGUAAAGAAUUAAUAAAUUCCAUUAUGAAUGAUAAAACAUUUUCUUUAGGAUUUAAUUUUAAUGGAGAUUUUUCACUUAGAUUGAUUGAAAUAAAAGAAGAAAGUACUGUAUUACUUCCAACAUCACAACCGUUAUCAUCAUCAUCAUCAUCAUCAUCAUCAUCAUCAUCAUCAUCAUCAUCAUCAUCAUCAUCAUCAUCAUCAUCAUCAUUACCACUUUCGAUCACGACGAAGACGACAGCAACAACAAUGAUUGACGCAAAUGAAACGUACUCAUACAUGAGGAGUUCUAUAAAUGAAAUUCAAUCGAGUGUGGAUUCUAACAGUAAUUUUAUGGAUACUGAACAAUCAUUGGCAUCAACAUUAUCUUAUGGUGAAACCAUAGAUACGAUGACGUAUAGUGUAGCUUUGAAUUUUACAAUUCGAGGAAGUAAUAGUUCACUAACAUGGGAUGAUGAUCUACUGAACACUACUUCCACCACUUAUCAAGAACUAUCUCGAAAUGUUUGUGAACUACUUUUAGCAGUCAUGAGAUCAAUUUUAUCAUCUCUAUGGAUUGUUGAAUGCGGUACUAUAAAAUUCAGAAAAGGGUCCAUUGACGUUGAUGCUGAGCUUGUUAUAAUUGCGAAUUCAUCAUCAUUUGUUACAACACUUGAGCCUACAUCAACUGUGUUAAAUGAUACUAAUGUAAUCGAAGGAAUAAAUGAGUAUGUUUCAACUUUGGAUCAAAAUAAUACAUUUGGAAUUUACAUUGAUCCAAAUUCAAGUAUCUCAUUAUCAUUGAUAACAAUAAGUACGGAAUCAACAAUACCGUAUGAAAAUCAGAUUGUAUUUGAUGUCACAUCAUCUGAAACAUUUUCGUCUUCAGAUUUCCCAGUUAGUGUGUAUUCAACAAGUACAGGCGAUAUUUCUCCAUAUGAUUCAGCAGUCUCAUCAACGCUGACUAGAUCGAACAAGUCUUUGGAGUGGAAUGACAGUUUGUUGGAUCCUAGUUCCGAUUUAUAUCGAAAUUAUUCAACUGAAAUUUGUGAUUUGCUUUUGGACAGCAUCAAUUCAACUUACAUUGAGGGAAUAAUCAAUGUUAAUUGCACAGUUGUUGGCUUCUCACGUGGAUCAGUUAUUGGAAGUGCUGUAUUAGUCAUCGAUUACAGUAGCACAAGUGAGAAUUUUUCAUCAACUGAAGUGUCAAAAGACACUGUUCGCAAUGCUGUUGUGGAAUACAUAGCAGAAUUGGUUGCCAAUGGUUCGGAGCAAGUGUAUUUCGGCACAUCAAGUGGCUUGGCAGUAGAAAGUGAGUGCAUGUGA